GAGGCCGGCGGCGGGCUGCGGACUCGGGCGGGCUGCGGCGGCAGCGCUGGCGGCGGGGAGUUGUCGUGGGGCGCGGUUUCGGCGGGGCCGGCUUCCGUCCGCCUCCUCACACUGUUCUUUGACGCGGUUUCGGUACCGGCAGGCAGCCUCUGAUCAUGGACUCCCAGAAAGAAGCUCUACAAAGGAUCAUUUCAACUCUGGCGAAUAAAAAUGAUGAAAUUCAGAACUUCAUUGAUACACUAAAUCAAACACUAAAAGGAGUUCAGGAAAAUUCUUCUAACAUACUUUCAGAGUUAGAUGAAGAAUUUGAUAGUUUAUACUCUAUAUUGGAUGAGGUGAAAGAAAGUAUGACUAAUAGUAUCAAGCUGGAACAAGCUCGUAAGUCACAGGAGUUACAGAGUCAGCUUAGUCAAUGUAAUAACGCCCUGGAGAACUCUGAAGAACUACUAGAAUUUGCAACACGGUCAUUAGAUAUAAAGGAACCUGAAGAAUUUUCAAAGGCUGCCAGACAGAUCAAGGAUAGAGUAACAAUGGCUUCAGCCUUUCGCCUUUCUUUGAAACCAAAAGUCAGCGACAACAUGACCCAUUUAAUGGUGGAUUUUUCUCAGGAAAGACAGAUAUUGCAAACUUUGAAGUUUUUGCCAGUCCCCAAAGCUCCAGAGAUAGAUCCAGUAGAGUGUUUGGUGGCUGACAACUCUGUAACAGUAGCUUGGAGAAUGCCAGAAGAAGAUAAUAAGAUUGACCAUUUUAUACUGGAAUAUAGGAAAACUAAUUUUGAUGGACUUCCACGUGUAAAGGAUGAGCGGUGCUGGGAGAUAAUUGAUAAUAUUAAGGGUACUGAAUAUACUCUAUCAGGCUUAAAGUUUGAUUCAAAGUAUAUGAAUUUCAGAGUGCGAGCUUGUAACAAAGCUGUGGCUGGAGAGUAUUCUGAUUCAGUGACUCUAGAAACCAAAGCACUUAACUUCAGUUUGGAUAACUCGUCAUCCCAUUUGAACCUGAGAGUUGAAGAUACCUGUGUAGAGUGGGAUCCUACUGGAGGAAAAGGUCAAGAAAAUAAAAUCAAAGGAAAAGAGAACAAGGGAAGUGUCCAUGUUACUUCACUGAAGAAACAUACAAGAAGUGGUACACCAUCUCCAAAACGGACAUCCAUAGGCUCCAGGCCACCAGCAGUAAGAGGCAGCAGAGAUCGUUUUACAGGGGAAUCAUACACCGUGCUGGGAGACACUGCUAUUGAAAGUGGACAACAUUAUUGGGAGGUCAAGGCCCAGAAGGAUUGUAAAUCCUACAGUGUGGGAGUGGCAUAUAAGACUUUGGGGAAAUUUGACCAACUAGGAAAGACAAACACUAGUUGGUGUAUCCAUGUCAACAACUGGCUACAAAACACAUUUGCAGCAAAACAUAAUAAUAAAGUCAAAGCCUUGGAUAUUACUGUUCCUGAGAAAAUAGGUGUAUUUUGUGAUUUUGAUGGGGGUCAACUUUCAUUCUAUGAUGCAAACUCAAAACAGUUGUUGUAUUCCUUUAAGAUGAAAUUUACUCAGCCAGUACUACCUGGUUUCAUGGUCUGGUGUGGUGGACUUUCUUUGAGUACUGGGAUGCAGGUUCCAAGUGCUGUAAGAACACUUCAGAAAAGUGAAAAUGGAAUGACUGGUUCAGCUAGCAGCCUAAACAAUGUUACUCAGUAAUGCCUAUUUAGAAUAUGCGUAGCCCCCUUUUGAUUGGGAGGCCUUUUCUGUGCAGUUACUAAUCACUGAAGUUACGAGUGGUGGAAGUCAGGUUUGCUAUGCUCUGCUUUAAGGCCUGGAAUCUGUUAGCAUUAAGCAUCUAGUAGGAAGCACUCACAGGAACCUACUGUGCAAUAUCGUGGAAGCAGGCACAUGUCAAACAGGAAACCGAUGUUUUAAAGAAUAAAUGAGAAAGGUAGUAUUUAAGUAGUUAUAUAGAAACCAACUUUUGUUUCUUGGAUUACUUUGGCUCUUCUAAUAUGUUUAGUUACAUAUGGUAGCCCUAGAGCCUGAGGGAAAAGCAUUUAAGUCUUGCCACCUCUCUCUAUACUUCCUUUAAAAAUGAAAAUCGCAGCACUACCUAUUAUUUAGUUCUUACACUGAACUUUAAAAAUAAACAAUCCUCUAAGUUUUUAUGAAAAUUUAGUAAUUGGGGAUACUGGAAGGAUCUUCUUACAAUGGCUUAUUUUUUUCCUUUUUAUAAAUGAGUUUUGCUAAAUUAUCCUCUUAUGUUUACUGACUAGAUUGUACAUCAUUUUCUCUUUUCUAAAUAUGAUAUUUCUCUUGUGGUUAUGACUAAAAAUAGAGAGUGGAUAGACUUAACAGCUUAAAAUCACUCAAACUGCAGUUCUUUACCUGCUGCACUAACAGUGGCAAAGGAGAUCUUUAUUGUCCUGUGGAGUAAUUAAACUUCAUUCCAUCAUUUUAAAUGAGGGGUAAGAUUUUUCAAAGCUUUAUAUUUUCUGAUUUUGUUAUCUAGUUUAAUACUACCUUUAAUAGUUAUCUCUGGUAAAAUUUUCACUUGAGUUUGGUAAUAACUGAUAAUUAUAUUGAUUUUUAACAUUUCUAGUAGGAAUUAAAGUUUAUUGAAGUUAUAUAGAAGGCAGAAAAACCUAUACUACUCAAGUUUUAUUUAAGAAGGAUAGGUUAUAAAGAGAGUUGCCUAAAACUUAUUUACUGAAGUCUUUAUGUCUGCUUUUUCAUAAGGUAUGGAAUGGGUUAAAAAUAAGUGUUUUGAAAAAGCCUACAUACCUCUGACUUAUUUGGCACAUGACUAUUCAGGGGUUAUUCUCUCAAUCCUUUUGCUACAUUUAUUUGCUUUCUUAAUGGGUAUAAUCCUUUCAAAAAUCAAUAUAGACUCUGAAGUUGUAAUUACAGUUCCUUGAGCAUUUUGAAGAGGUCUGAACUUGUAUAUUCCUUGAUAUUUGAAACUCUUUUAACUUUUUCAUGUUGAUUUUCUUUCAUUGAUAUUUUACAUAUAUUGUGCCAUGACACCUUUCUCCUAAGAAGUGGCUUGCUGCUUACAUAUGAGUUGCCUUUUACAAAAAGGCCUGUGAAAUAGCAAUAGCCUGUUCUUUCUUAAAGUUACUGCUUAAUGAUAGGAUGAUUAGCUAAUUGAGCAAUUUUAUUUGAACUGAGUAUUAUUUUUCCAGAGGACAUUCAUAUCUGCACCAUUAUCUAUGAAACACUGGUAAUUUUAAAGACUAUAAGGCAGUUUAGAGAAUGAAAUAUGUCAAUAGAUAUUCUUUUACUUCUCCCAAAAAAUAUAAUUUUGGAUUUUAUUUUUCCUAGAGAUUUUGAGAAAUCUCUGGAUGUUUUGUUCCCUACAGUGGGGUUAUUCAACAAUCUAAGGAACCAGGAAGCUAUUACUGUCUUUCAUAGAGGCAAACCUGAAAGGAGUAACUUAGUGGUGGUGCUGUUUUAUGUGAACAGUUACACGUGUAUAUUUUAGCAAAAAUGACACAGAAAAAGCCAGGAGUUCUUGUAUAAAAUUUUAACUAUUAUGUUUUUAUAUAAUUGUAUCUUCUCUUUAAUUCAGUGCCUUCUUUCUCUAAGCAUGCUCUUGCUCCAUGCCCCAUGUCAACUGAUACGUAGGCCAGAAACCAUUAUGUUAUUAAACUGGUGAGGGCCUUCUAUUGCACAGGGUGUGUGGAAAAGGAAAUAUUAAUCAGGAGCUGGAGGAGUGCAUAUGAUUCUUUCCUGUGCUCUUGAUAUCAUUUGAAACCCUUCAUAGUUUUCUAAUAUUCACUUGGAAAAUUCAUUUGAAGUAAUGCUAUUAUACUUCAGAAUAAAAAUCUGAGGUUUUCCUCUUACUGUGCUUCUUAAAAGUCUCUAAAGAUAAAGAACAAAAUGUACAGGGUUUUAGGUUAGUUGUUUUGUGUUUAUUUGUGUUGAGUUAAAUUGGAAAAAGUUUGCCAUUCUCAUUUUCAAAGUAGAAAAGAAUCAACUGUAGUGCCUAUUUAAAUAGUUUCAAAUUAAGGUAACUAUUAAGUUGGCCAUACUCAUUGGCAUUUGAACUAAAAUUGCUCAGUUUUAUUCAUUAUGGAAAGUUUUGAUAUACCCUUUUAAACAUCCUUUAUUAGUUUAUUUACCCUUUGUUUUGAUAGGUCAAACAUGAUUGCUUUCUGUAAAAGAAAUGCAUGAGAGGUUGACAGUAAUGGAUGUAUCACAGGUGUAAAAAAUUGUUUUAUUAAAACAUGCAUUAGUAUUACAUUUCUCUUUUAGCAGUAAAUCCCACACCAGUUUUAGUAAACUGGAUAAAGAAAUGAAAGAAUUGCCUUAAGCACUUUAAAAAAUUUUUUUGUAAUUCAUUUUGACUCUUUGGGCUGACCAUGUCACAUAUGUCUUUAAUGUUUGGUAAAUAUGUAUAUGCUAAGCAUUUAAUAACUGAAUGCAUGUAGAAAUUUAAUAUACAGUGAUCUUUUGAGUGUUCCAGAUAGGUAAACAAACUGAAAGUAUUAGGGGUGUGCCUGUCUGUACAUGAAUUUGAUUUAUGGUGUCUGUACCAUGUUGAGAAACCAUGAACUGCUGCUAUACAGCUAUAUUUGGCCUAUUUUAUUCUGCGCACAGUAAUUUUAGCCCAUGUUAUCAUCUAAAGACACAUAUUGACUUGGUUUUAUUUACUCAUUUAUGAAAUUAAAGCACGAACACUAUCAUGUAUAAUUUGAAUUUUCUGUGACUGGUCCUUGGUGGUAUAAAUAAUAAAAGUAAUUUUUAAUGAAGUCUUUUAAUUAGGCCAAAAUACUCUAUAUCAUGACUUACCUAGAAUGAUUAGUUUUUUGCUAUAUACUUUUCCCAUAAAAUUAUAGUCAGUUGUAUAAUUUUAAUUAUUUCUUUUGGAGACACUGGAAAAAAAUGGAAAAGGAUAAAAAAAUUGGAAAAUGAUUAUUUCAAAGAGUAUUAAUUUUAGAAGAGAGUGUAGACUUCUUACUCUAAAGUAUGUGAUUCCAGGCUAAAAAAACUAAGAAUCAUAUUUUCAAAUCAUCAUAAUGUUUUUUAAAACCUAUAUUUGUUAGAUCAGUGUUCAUUCAUUUGCUGAUUCAUACACCAAAUAUUUAAGUGUCUGUGAUAACAGCAGUCAUACUUUACAUUCAGAAUUCUAAAAUUAAUGAAGUUUGAUGUACUGUGAGUAUAGUUUUGCUGCUACUGAGUGGUAUGGCAAAGUUUACAUCUUCAAAAACAAUGUUUUGAAGUAGAUUUGUUAAUUUUUAAAAAAUUCAAAUUAACUUCAUAUAAUAUAGUUCACUUUUAUAUAAUCACAUAAAAUGGGUCUGGAAAAUUUUUCCCUUGAUUUUAUUUUCACACUGCAUAUAUUAUUUUUUAUUAAGGUAUAACUGAUAUACACUCUUAUGAAGGUUUCACAUGAAAAAACAAUGUGGUUACUACAUUUACCUAUAUUAUCAAGUCCCCACCCAUACCCCAAUGCAGUCACUGUCCAUCACACUGCAUGUAUUCUUUUAGGGAAGUAUAUGGUCAGCAUAAAUUUAUUCAGCAUCCAGGCAACCAUAAAGUUAUUUGCUAUUUCUAACCAAAAUGUCCAUUUCAUAGUGCUAAUAGUAUAGCAUUAUAAGAGAUCAUGAAUGUUUCCUUAAUCAUCACAGAAAAAUUACCUCAUGUUCAGUAUAAUUUUAGUUUUGUGCAUAUCUUACAGUAUUCACAUUUUGCAAAUAUUUGUGAUCCUGGUAUGUCAUAUAUGAUAGCUUUGUUACCUGGAACAUUUGAUUAAUGUAAAUACUUUAAGUUUUUUAAGUAACUUGGAGUUUAGAUUACAUUUGGUAUAUGUUGUUUUUGUUGAAAAGAUAAAUUGUUGGAUAUGCCAUAUAAAGGUUAGUAUUGGCAUAUAAAUAAGUAGAAGAGAUUGCCGUAGUACUUUUCUCCUCAGACCACCCAGUUAUUAAAACAGUAUUUGUUAUUUCUGGGUCAAUAAAAGGUACUGACUUUUGAUUCAUAAUCAUUUGAGUUGUGUUAGUUUAAACUGAUUUAUUUUCUUAAUGGUACCCAUUCAAUAUAAGUUGGUUCUUGGGAAUGGACAUGAGAGGAUUUCACAGUAUGUAGGGCAGAAGGUAGGUGAAUGUGUUUGCUUUGGCAUGGAGUUUCUUAAGUUUGGACCAAUUUUAAAAUAAGUCAAAUUGUAAAUGAUUGGUAAGAGGCAUUUUUAUUAGUAUUAGACAUUUUUGGAGAGCCUAUGAGCUAUGAGAAUACUUUUUUUUUUAACAUUUCCAAUAUCUCUAAAGUACCAAAGCAUUGAGUCUAGUUUACCAUUUAAGGAAGGCUCUUUAAAAUCAAAUUUAUAACUAAUUCACACUGUAAGAUAUAUAACAGCUAAAGUGUUGGAGUAAUUUAUAUUAAAUCACUAGUCUUUAAAAAAAUUUCUGGAUAUAAUGAAAAAUAUUUUGGCUUCAUUUCUUUUAAAGUAUUUAAACUUAGUUCUACCAUCUGCUGGAUCUGUGACCUCUACAUAAGUCACUUACCAUCUUUGGGCCUCCAUUGCCUUACAUAAAAUAAUUGUAACUUGUUCAGCCUACCUCGCAGGGUUGUUGUGAGGAAUAAAAUGAAAUGGAGUAUGUGAAAGUUGCUUCAAAAACAGUAAAAUGCUUUGUAAAUGUUUGGAUACUUUUAGAUGCCAUUUCCUUGAUUAAAGCAUGUGCUUACAGUGCUAUCACCAGAACUAAAAAAGUGAUUGAAAAAAAGAAAAACUAAACCCUGAUUAAAACACCCUUUAACAUUCUUUAGUUUGUGCAUGACAAGUGGCCUUUUUGUAUUUUCUCAUUAAGCCUGUUACUCUUAAGUCAAGACUUUCUAGAAUUAUGUAACUUGUCCCAUGGCAUUAGUAUGUUAGUGUAGAAUAGUAGCAUAAUCAAAUGAUUUAAGCUGUGUUUCCAUUCAGGCAUUUGCACUUUCAAAUUAUGACUGCUCAGUGCCACAUGCAAAGUUUGAAUUUGGUCUAAAUAAUUUUUUUCCCAAAUAGCCAAAUAGUUUGUCAUCAUUGGAUAAAUGGUAACAGGCAUAUGUGCUCACUUAACAUUUGACAACUUUUGUUGCAUUGUCAUUUUAAAAAAAAUACGAGGAAGCAUUUCAAAACCUUGUUAUCUUGGCUAUCAUUUAGUAUCCUGACAUUUGCUUUGCUUUCAGUUGGAUUUAUUAAACAGUUUACAGGUCUUGAUCUACAGGUUAUUUGGUAUGUCUAAUCAUUAUGGUUUUGCUAUGUGGUUCUGAUAAUGAAACUUCUAAUUCCUCAGGUUUAACAUUUAAGUUAUGGAUGAAGAACAUUAAUCAACUACUUAUAAUGUAUUCAGUGCUGCAUACUAGUGUUUUAAUAAGCAUAUUGCCUCAUUAUCCUUGAAAACAAGACAAAGCCUUUUAAAUGGUUUUUAACUUUAAAAUAGAGUAUUCAAAGUGGAGUAAUUUGUAUGUUGAAAUGAUUGUAAAUUCUGUAUAGAAUGAUUGAGUUGUUCUUACAAAAGCACCUGGAAUAUCUCAUUUAGUAUUAAACAUUUUUUCUGCUUCC